GUUCUUUUGAGAUUGUUCACAUUAGCGUGUCUCAUGUUAGUGACGUCGUAACUGAGGUUCAAAGUACUUUCCUGUGUUCUCCCUGUUUCCGGGUAGUUCGUGUUCGCUGUCAGCUGCGUAUCUAAAUAGGCCCAUGUUACUAUGAAGAUCACGUACAAUACACAACACUGAAUAUCUGACAAAUUCAUUUGCUGAACAAGACAAUGUCUGACAGGAACCAAACCUCAGAGCUUCCUGAUGCACACGGAGGGUGUCUAGAGGAAAACCCGGGCACUGGGCUAUUAAAUGUGAAGGAAGAGGAUAAGACAUAUGGCAUGAAUUGUCAUUGCACUGAAAUACAUUCGUCGCUCCCUGCCGACGAAGAUAACACUGAUAUAGUUAAAGUUGAAAUAACAGAAGAUUUGUGUGUGAGGCAUCAGCCGGGAGCACCAGAUGUGGAAACCAGUGACGGUAUCAGCACAGGUGAUGUUAAGACUGAAGUCACACUUAAUGCUGAACAAACAACUGAGCUGGCUAUAGAAAGUCAGCGGGAAGCUGUGAAGCAGGAAAUUUGUGACAAUAUCAGUAAAGGUGGCUUCACAAACUGCGGUUCUCCUAGUCGUAGUCAGAGCGCUGAUACUUCUCUCAAUCUUCAAAACCAAAAAAGCCACAUGGAAAAUGUAUGUUCUGAAUGUGGGAAAUGUUUUACCAGGAAAUCAAAUCUUAUUAAACAUCAAAAAAUUCAUACAGGAGAAAAAGCAUUUUCAUGUUCUGACUGCGGGAAAAGUUUUACUCAGAAAUCCCAUCUUAUUAGACAUCAGAAGAUUCAUACAGGAGAGAAAGAAUUUUCAUGUUUUGAAUGUGGGAAGUGUUUUGCGGAUAAAGCGUAUUUGGUUUCUCAUCUGACAAGUCACACAGGAGAGAAAGGAUUUUCAUGUUCUGAGUGUGGGAAAGGUUUUACAAGAAAAUCAACUCUUCUUAAACAUCAAAAAGAGAAAGCAUUUUCAUGUGCUAAAUGUAGAAAGUGUUUUGCUGAGAAAUCACAUCUUCUUACUCAUCAGAAAAUUCACACAGAUGAAGAUAACACUGAAAUAGUGAAAGUUGAGAUAACAGAAGAUAUGUGUGUGAGGGGUCAGCUUGGAGCUCCAGGUGAGGAAACCAGUGACAGUACCAGCUCAGACGAAGAUAACGCUGAUGUAGUGAAAGCUGAUAUAACAGAAAAUCUGUAUUCGUGUGAUCAGGUGAAGACUGAGGAGGAUGAAGUUCCUAUAAGUACAGCUACAGAUCGACCAAAGAGCUUAGAUAUUCAAAGUCAAGACCGACCUGCAGAUGCUUCUUUCAGUCUUUUUAUAUCGCAUCUUGUUACUCCCAGAUACUGA